GAGUGAUGACGUAUUCUCGUCCGUGGUUUCGGCUACUAAUGAAAGAAAUAUGCAGCAGGUAACGCUGCAGGAAUAGGAGUACUGUAGUAUUUUACAUAAAGUUAGGAGUUGUAGCUCUUAAAAUGACCAACAGAACAUCUUACUUUUAUGACCCGGAUGUGGGCAACUUUCAUUACGGUGCUGGCCACCCCAUGAAGCCUCACCGGUUGUCCCUCACCCACAGCCUGGUGUUACACUACGGCCUCUACAAGAAAAUGAUGGUUUUCAAGCCGUACAAAGCUUCUCAGCAUGACAUGUGUCGUUUCCACUCUGAAGAUUACAUUGACUUCCUGCAGAAAGUCAGUCCUAAUAAUAUGCAGGGCUUCACCAAGAGCCUCAACGCUUUUAAUGUGGGAGAUGACUGUCCAGUGUUUCCAGGUCUGUUUGAGUUUUGUUCAAGAUACACUGGAGCAUCUUUACAAGGAGCUACACAACUCAACCACAAGAUUUGUGACAUCGCCAUCAACUGGGCUGGUGGUUUGCAUCACGCCAAAAAGUUUGAGGCGUCUGGCUUUUGUUACGUCAAUGACAUCGUCAUCAGUAUACUGGAGCUUCUCAAGUACCACCCAAGAGUUCUGUACAUUGACAUAGACAUUCACCAUGGUGACGGUGUCCAGGAAGCCUUUUACCUAACGGACAGAGUCAUGACUGUGUCCUUCCACAAAUAUGGGAACUACUUUUUCCCUGGAACAGGUGACAUGUACGAGGUGGGAGCAGAGAGUGGCCGCUACUACUGCCUAAACGUUCCUCUAAGAGAUGGCAUUGAUGAUCAGAGCUACAGGCAGCUGUUCCAGCCUGUUAUAAAGCAGGUGGUGGAUUACUACCAGCCAACUUGCAUCGUCCUGCAGUGUGGAGCAGAUUCUCUGGGCUGUGACAGACUGGGCUGCUUCAACCUCAGCAUACGAGGACAUGGCGAGUGUGUGGAGUUUGUAAAGAGUUUUAAGAUACCGCUGUUGGUCCUUGGAGGAGGAGGAUACACUGUGAGGAAUGUAGCUCGCUGUUGGACCUUUGAGACGUCUCUGCUACUGGAUGAAUCAAUUAGUGAUGAACUGCCAUAUAGUGAGUAUUUUGAGUACUUUGCUCCAGAUUUCACACUGCAUCCUGAUGUCAGCACCAGGAUAGAAAACCAAAACUCCAGACAGUAUUUGGAGCAGAUCCGUCAGACUGUGUUUGAAAACUUGAAGAUGUUGAACCACGCACCCAGUGUCCAGAUCCACGACGUUCCCUCAGACAUGCUGAGUUAUGAGCGCAACGACGAGCCUGACCCUGACGAGCGGGGAGCUGAGGAAAACUACAGCCGGCCUGAGGCAGCGAAUGAGUUCUACGAUGGUGACCAUGACAAUGACAAAGAAAGCGACGUAGAAAUUUGAGCCAAGUGUUGAAGCGACUGUGAACUGAAACACACUCGCUUCAUCCCAACUCCACAGCUGAACUGACGUCAUGAGUUUGUUUUUAAAGCAGUAAGGUUUUUAUAAU